UAUGGCUCAGGCUGCAAGGGCGCUGUGGCCAGUGGGUCGCUUUCUGGCCUGGAGGCUGGGCUGCCGCCCCCGGCCUGGGUUCCGGGCGCAGAGCCGCGCCGGUCUUUCAGGGGCGGCGGGCGACCCGGGCCCUGCCAUCAAUGCUCGCAAAGGGAACCAACGUUUGCUGGGAGCGGCGGCGCUGGCCCUUGGGGGCGCCCUGGGACUGUAUCACACGACGCAGUGGCACCUGAGCGCCCAGAACCUCCACGCCGAGCGCUCGGCUGCGCAGCUGUCCCUGUCAAGCCACCUGCAGCUGACCUUGUACCAGUACAAGACAUGCCCCUUCUGCAGCAAGGUCCGAGCCUUCCUGGAUUUCCACGCCCUGCCCUACCAGGUGGUGGAAGUGAACCCUGUGCGCAGGGCCGAGAUCAAGUUCUCCUCCUACAGGAAAGUGCCCAUCUUGCUGGCCCAGGAGGGAGACUGCUUGCAACAACUGAAUGAUUCCUCCGUUAUCAUCAGCGCCCUCAAGACUUACCUGGUGUCGGGGCAGCCUCUGGAGGAGGUCAUCACUUACUACCCAUCCAUGAAGGCCGUGAAUGAGCAGGGCAAGGAGGUGAACGAGUUCUGCAACAAGUACUGGCUCAUGCUAGAUGAGAAGGAGGCCCAGCGGAUAUACGGCGGGAAGGAGGCGAGGACGGAGGAGAUGAAGUGGCGGCAGUGGGCAGAUGACUGGCUGGUGCACCUGAUCUCCCCUAACGUGUACCGUACGCCUGCCGAGGCCCUGGCCUCCUUUGACUACAUUGUCCACGAGGGCAAGUUCGGGGCUGUGGAAGGUGCCGUGGCCAAGUAUGUGGGUGCAGCUGCCAUGUACCUCAUCAGCAAGCGACUCAAGAGCAGGCACCACCUUCAGGAUGAUGUGCGUGAGGACCUCUAUGAAGCCGCCAACAAGUGGGUGGCCGCUGUGGGCAAAGACCGGCCCUUCAUGGGAGGCCAGAAGCCGAACCUUGCUGAUCUGGCGGUGUAUGGCGUGCUGCGUGUAAUGGAGGGUCUGGAGGCCUUCGAUGACCUCAUGCGUCACACACUCAUCCAGCCCUGGUACCAGCGGGUGGAGAAGGCCAUCGCAGAGACCCCCCCAGUGCACUGA